UCUGAACAAGUUACAGUUUUACCUCCAGGCAGACAUGAAUAUCCAUUCAGCCUUGUGCUUCCACAUUCACCGCCACUUCCUGCCACCUUCAAAGGUCCUCAUGGCAACGUGAGCUAUUGGAUGACAGCCAAACUGCACAGGCCAUGGAAACUGAGAAUUAAAGUGAAAGAAAUGUUUACAGUACUUGACCAGAUUGACAUUAAUGCUCCAUCGUUGUUGUCACCACAGACUGCUUCAGAUGAGAAAACUAUUUGUUGCUGCUGUUGUGCCUCAGGCCCAAUAUCCCUGAAUGCCAAAAUUGAACGCAAGGGCUACACAUCAGGUGAAUCAAUUCGAAUAUUUGCUGAAAUUGAGAAUAACUCUUCCCGCAAAGUGGUUCCAAAGGCAGCCAUUUAUAAGACACAGAUUUUCCAUGCUCAAGGAAAGAAAAACAGGGUCACAGACCUGGUAACCAAAAUAGAGGGAGAACCAGUGUUAGCUGGAAAAUCAGAGAGCUGGAAUGGAGUGGAACUGAAAAUUCCAGCAGUGACUCCCACACUGAUGAACUGCAGCAUUAUUCAAAUGGAAUACUCACUUACGGUAUAUUUACAUGUCCCAGGCUCAUUCAAUUUAGAUGUUAAGUUACCAAUUGUUAUUGGUACAAUUCCCUUGCAUCCCGUCAACAGCCAGGCAACCAGCUUUAGCACCCAAUAUGGCAUGAAUUACAACAACUUCAACAACUACAGUAGCACACUUCCUGAAGGGCCCGAAGGAGGGAAUUCUGGCUUUCUAUUCACCAAUCAGAACUCGGGCUUCCAGACAGCAGGGAUGAAAAGCCUUCAGGAAUAAUGGAUUGAGUUUACAUUUGCCGUCUGGGAGAUGGAGGAAUGUGGUGCCUACUUUGACUUGUUCUUGAGUCAUCAGACAUAAUUUAAUUCUUCUCCAAAUGCAUAUUUCAUUUCAAAACAACCAGAAUAAAACAGGAAACAGAAACCAUCAUAUUAUGUUACUUCUAAGUACAUGCUAAUUGUUAAUUUAGUUGCCAUAACUGAAACAACAUAAAACAUAUUUGCUUGAAUACCAA